ACAAUUUAUACCAUCUUUCCAAGCAGAUCACAUUCUUUGUGCUUAUUGUUGUAUAAGUAGCAAAUCCAAAACCUACUUUUAUUCAAGAGGCUCCCUCUCUGUUUCUCUCUCUUUUCAUUUGUCCGAAAUCAUUCCAGCGCCCUGCAAAAUCCAACUCUCUCUCUCUCUCUGCUGCUGCUGCACAGUCCAUUUUCUUCCUGCAACUGCCAUCUUUCUUCUUCUUCUUCUUCUUCUUCUUCUUUCUCCCUUUUUCUGGAUCCCAAAAUUAACCCAUAGGAAGAACUAUGUAUAUGGAGUCAACCACUAGCUGCUUUGACCCCACAAGCUUCGACACGAACGAAGACCACCAUGGCGACCUCUCACAACCUCUCCCGCCUCCGCCGGCCUCCAUGCCUGCCGCCUCCUCCUCUGUCAACCACCAAAACAGCUUGGUGUUGGAAUCCAUGGGCGACCUCCCAAAUUUCCAACACCACCACCUUUCCCAGUCCCAUACAGAGGACGACCCAUCCUCCGCCGCUGCCGCCAUGGAAAUGGGUUCUGGUUAUGGCGACAGCAGUAGCCCUGCUCACAUGAAUUUGAUGCUCACGGAUCGGCUGCCUUUCACAGCCACGACCCCGGACCUGAACCUUUUUAACCUACCCAGAUGCUCCGCUUCGCCUCUUCUACCAAAUUCAUCCAUCUCCUUCACCAACAACGACCCCAAUUCCUCCGUUCCCAAACCCCUUGUGGGCGGCGGAGGGGGGUACGGCUGGGAUCUUCCCAUCGGCGAUGGAGCUCACUCUGCCUCUUCCGUUCACUACGACCCGCUUUCCUACCUCAACCUACCGCCGCAGCCGCCCCUCUUCAGGGAGUUGUUCCAGUACCUCCCCUCCAACGGCUACGCCUCUGGCGGUUCUCCGAGAGGCGGUGGUUCUCUGUUGGGUGGCGGAAUCGAUCUCCAUGGAGAAGGCAGCGUGGGCGGCGGCGCCUCUGGAGGUGGGAUUUACGCACACGGGAUCGAUGGAUCGCAGCAGCUGGAUAGUAGCGUUCUAGAGUUCAAUUGGGACAUGGCUUGUCUAGCCAAGGGGAGAGUAGCUGGAAGAAUGGCGAAGCCUCUGACAACAGAGCGGCAGAGGAGGCAGCAAGUUAACGACAAGUUUGACACUCUCAGAAAUUUGAUUCCUAAUCCUACCAAGAGCGACAAAGCUUCAGUAGUGGGAGACGCAAUUGGCUACAUCAAGGAGCUUUUAAGCACAGUGGAGGAACUGAAAUUGCUGGUGGAGAAGAAGAGGUGCAGCAGAUGGAGGAACAAGAGGCACAGGACGGAUCAAGAGGACGUUAAUGGCGGAGAGGGAGCGAUGAACGGGACCUCAUUGGAGAUGAAAGCUUCGUCUGCUGCUGAGGGUGAUCAGGUGGACAAAUCCUACAAUGGGUCGACAUUGAGGAGCUCUUGGCUUCAGAGGAAGUCCAAGGACACGGAGAUUGAUGUGAGGAUCAUUGAAGAUGAGGUGACUAUUAAAUUGGUUCAGAGGAAGAAGAUCAAUUGCUUGCUGUUUGUUUCCAAGGUGCUUGAUGAGCUGCAUUUGGAUCUUCACCAUGUCGCUGGAGGCCAUGUUGGUGAUUAUUACAGCUUCCUCUUCAAUACCAAGAUAUGUGAGGGGUCUUCAGUGUAUGCAAGUGCCAUAGCCAACAAGCUGAUUGAAGUUGUAGACAAACAGUAUGCAUCCACUCCAUCAAUAAGUUGCUACUGAUGAUCCAGAGGAGCCAUUUUCCAACCAUUUUUAAUUAGGUCAAACUGCUAUAAGAAUUCAUGGUAAUGCAUCAGGUCAAACUGCUGGGAAAAAUGAGGACAUAGACAUUUGUCGUUGGAUUAGCAAGUUUUAUGUGUGAGCACAUUGCUAAUCCCUGACGGGGAAUUAUAUAAAACACUUGAUGUUGAUGACUUUCCUAAUAGAUGGGGCCUCACACUAGUUGCAUGAUAGUACUGUUAUAGCUAAUGGCUUAUCUGUUAUACAUGUGUGAUCGAUCGAUGGUUUGUGCUGUUCAUGGUGCAUGGCUCAACCGUAAGGAUAGGAUAAUGUUAAUUUAUUGGGUCUUAUUUUUCUCGAUAUCUUAUUAGCCUCAUGUGUUUCGCAUUGCAUUCCUACUUUACAUAUUACUUAAUGUAUAUUUUGAUAAUUUACAAUAGUUGUAGGGGUGUAAAUGAGCCCUUUGCCUUUGAAUUUGUGCUACAAGAACAUAUAGAAAAUAGGGAGGUAGUUAAAAAAAAGAAAAAAAGAGGGAGGUAGAGGUAACAGGUAAGGGUAGAAUUAAUAUUAGAAUUAUUAAGUACGUAUAUUACUAUAUUUAAUAAUUAUGUUUUGAAUAAAAAAUAUUAGUUAAUGAUGAUGACUGUUAUGUGUUUUGGGUUUUGAUUAUUAAUUUGGGAUUCUUUGUGACUAUUAUUAGGAUUAGUCGCUUAUAUAUUGCAACUACGACAUUUGUUUGAUUUAUCAAUCAAUCAAAUCAAUAAAUAAAAGAUUUUGACACUUUACGUUAAUCUCUCGUUUUUGAGUUACAAGCAAAACUUUGGAAUCGUGAGUUACGGAUCAUCAACGUGGUAUCGGAGUUUGGAUGAUCUACGAGAAUCGUUUGAUCCACGGCUGAGUGUUGUUCCGCGUUAGAUGCCACAUAGGAGGAGACCAACGAGUCCAUUGUGGACUUGAGCAGGUGAUACCACCCAAAAAUGUGUUAUUUAUCCUUCAUUUAUUAGGUAUUUCAUUGUCAUUUUGAGCAUGAAUUGAUUUAUAAAACCUCAUCCGUAGUCUAGAUUGCUUCCUUUUAUCAUUUCUUGUUAAUUUAGGCCACAUUCGACGUUACAAGCGAAAAGGGGGAGAAAGCGGGGCUAAUGUGUAGGAAAAAUAGGUGAAAAGGAGCAAACACAAAGACCGCAGCCUAAGAAGCAGGAUCUUGGCCGAGAAAGCAGCCCGCGAAAUUAGGAUCGCAUACCACAUCUAGAACAUUGUUAUGGCGAUCUUUCGACCCAUGGGUGCGAACUUCAUGAGGAAGCGUCUAAGAAUGGACAGAGACUUGUGCUAGGCGCAUCGCAGCCCACGUUGAAGGAAGCCACGAUAAGGUUCAUGGCCGCGAGACUAAGUUCGUCGUCGCAAACACAAGGCGCGAUCUCUCGCACUCCAAAGACUAAACGACGAAGGUAAAGAUCGGGGGCCAUCACGACUAGAUUACGGCUGUGUUUUUUUACCCCUCAAUCGCGAUCCUGCCCGAGAUUUCCAGGGCUAUAAAUAGAAGAUCUGCUG